CUUCAAAAUCCUCAAAAACCCUACGCAUCUCAUUCCCAACAACGACGAAAGCACAAACAACAGAACCGUAGGCAAUCAAGCACAGAAAAAGCAAAGCUAGAAAACGAACAUGGCGUCUUUCGAUCAAGCUCCUCCCGGCGAUGCCAAGGUCGGAGAGAAGAUUUUCAAGACCAAAUGUGCCCAGUGCCACACCGUCGAGAAGGGUGCCGGUCACAAACAAGGACCCAAUCUGAAUGGCCUUUUAGGAAGGCAGUCGGGCACAACUCCUGGCUACUCUUACUCUGCUGCAAACAAGAAUAUGGCUGUCAUUUGGGAAGAGAAAACAUUGUAUGAUUACCUGCUGAACCCCAAGAAGUACAUCCCUGGAACAAAGAUGGUAUUCCCUGGACUGAAGAAGCCACAGGAGCGUGCUGAUCUCAUUGCAUAUUUGAAAGAAGCCACUGCAUAAGGGCCUUUGCACACACCCCUUUUCAAUUUUUCAGUAAUUGGCGAUUGUUUUUCACAGGCGGAUUAAAUAAAUUAGACCAUGUAGGUCAGUGAUGUUCUUUGUAACAUGAGCAUUACUAUAGUCACAUUUAUUCUGAAAUGAGGUUGUCGUCAAAUGGCAAACAUAAGCUUUAUUCAAUCAGCUUGGUGGCACUAUAUUUUAUGAAUUUCUGGUGAAUUACCAGAUUGCAAAUUAUAGUUCUAAUCUCUCUUAUUUAUUAUUUUUCUUUUUUAAUAUAUAUUUUAAAAGAAU